AUGGCCAACGCGUCGCAGUGCCUGGAGGAGGGCUCGGGGCGCUGGCCGCCGCCGGCCGGGCCGUACAGCGAGGCGCAGCGGCUGGCGCUGGAGGAGCUGGUGGCGGGCGGCCCCGAGGCGCUGCGCGCUUUCCUGCGGCGGGAGCAGCUGCCGCCCUUCCUGUCGGAGCCCGAGGUGCAGGACAUCGCUCGGGCCGCGCUGCCGCCCGCCGCGGGCCCGGAGCCGGCGGCCGAGCCGGCGGCCGGAGCCUCGCUGGACGCCUCGUCGCUCACCUACUUCCCCGAGCGCUCGGAGCUGGAGCCGCCCGCGCUGGAGCUGGGCUGGCCGGGCUUCGCCAGCGGCGCCUUCCGCGGGCUCACGCGGGUGGAGGCGCAUUUCCAGCCCGGCUGCGGGGACAGCAUCUACGGCUGCAAGGAGGCGGUGCGGCGCCAGAUCCGCUCCGCCCGGCAGAUGAUUGCCCUGGUUAUGGAUUCCUUCACAGACACUGAUAUCUUCACAGACAUCUUGGAAGCCUGUAGCCAACGGCAAGUUAAAGUGUAUAUCCUUCUAGAUCAGUCUUCAUUUUCCCACUUUCUAAAAAUGUGCAAGGAUCUGGGAGUUGACCUUGAGCAGGAAAAGUUGAUGAGGGUUCGGAUUAUCACGGGGAGCACGUACUGCACCAGGUCAGGCACCAAAAUCAUUGGAAAAGUCCGUGAAAAGUUCAUGUUGAUUGAUGGCAUUAGAGUGACCACAGGCUCCUACAGUUUUACAUGGACAGAUGGGAAGCUGAACAGCAGUAACAUUUUGAUCCUGUCAGGCCCAGCAGUUGCACACUUUGACCUGGAAUUUCGGAUUCUUCAUUCAAGGUCAAAGCCUAUCAACCUCCAAGAGUUUUCCAGCUGCAAGAAGAACAGGGUGUGGGACCAGCUGUUCAGGAUAACAGUGGCUUCCAGAGACAUGACCAGGGAACACUUCCUGAGAAUGGAAUUUUUGUAUCUGAGAGCAUUUGUAGGAGAGCUGAAGAGGAAGAGGAGCUGGCUGCACGCCUCCAGGGAGGCAGUGUACAGCCCAAAUAACACACUGCACACCUCUCCCCCGCUGACUAAGAGGAAUGGCUCCCUGGUUAUGAGGCCACACUGGAUCAUAGAGAGAUGAACUGCAUGUCCAUGCAGAGCAAGCAGCACCACCUCAGGAACCACGUCUGUCCAUCCCUGCCCAGCACUGUCCUGCAGUGUGUUUGUGAGGGCAGCUGGGAAAGAAACCUCAGACUGACAGAAAGUGAAACUGGAAUUGUGGCUUUGUUUGAAGAAUAUUAUACAGCCAUUAUUGACUUCUACUAUUCUGUUACAUUUUCAUUUCUCAACCUGUUCGU